UCCAAGACCAUGACUAUAAUAAUUGACUCAUAGUUUUGGUUUAUUUCCUCGUUGUUUCCUGGCAUUUGCCUUUUUCUUCUUAAAUCCCACAUUAUUUUAUUUUCCUUGGGUGAAUAUCAAUCAAGUUACUAGCACAGAUUUACAUAGCCUUCUACCAGGAGUUGAUUCACUGUUUCUUUGCUCAAUACACUUCUUCUACCGGGGUUCUACUCUUUUCUUCACUGCUUGCUUUUGUUCGUUUCAAUUCAAGGUCUUGCAGAAGCAUCAGGCAGUCUAGUUGCUCAAGGGACUUUACGGCCAUGGAUUUUCUCCUUAAUAAAUUUGAUGAAUCGUGGGACACUCCAACAAACCUUGAUGAGAAAAUGAAAGACCUAAAGAGAAAACAGGCGGAACUAAAUGCUCUAAAAGGAGACACGAAGUCAAGAACGACCGCAGAGCUGCAUCCGAGAAAGAAACUAAAGAAAGAAGUUGAGUUAUGGCUCGAGAAUGUUGAAAGAAUAAAUGGCGAAAUCCAAGACCUUGAACAAAAAAUAGGAGAAAAUAGUUUUGCCUCACGUGGAUUCCUCAAAGGAAAUGUUUUGAAGAAGAUACAAGAAGUUGAUGAACUUUAUCAACGGGGUAAGUUUCCCAACAGUUUGGUAGUUGACAAUCCUGGGUGGAUUGGACAAGCUCUAUCAACCACAACUUUAUUCGGUGGUGCUGCAAAGACUUGUAUGGAAGAAAUUUGGGCCUGUUUGAUGGAUAAUGACAUUCAAAAGAUUGGCGUUUGGGGGAUGGGCGGAAUAGGGAAAACAACCAUCAUGAAGCUCGUACACAACCAGCUACUGAGAGAGACUGAAAGGUUUGACAUUGUGAUAUGGAUCACUGUAUCAAAGGAGAUGAACAUCAUUAAACUGCAAAAUAGGAUUGCACGCGCAAUGAAAGUAUCCCUUGAUGAAGAUGAAGAUGAAACAAUAAGAGCAGGGAUGAUAUACGAAAUGUUAGCUCGUAAAGGCAAGUAUGUGUUAAUCCUAGAUGAUUUGUGGGACAAACUUUCUCUUGAAGAAGUAGGCAUCCCUGAGCCUUCUAAUGGGAGUAAAUUAGUGGUAACAACUCGGUUAUUAGAUGUGUGCCACUAUUUGAAUUGUCGAGAAGUUAGAGUGCCUACUCUUUCAAAUCCAGAUGCAUGGAGCUUGUUCUUGAAAAAAGUAGGUGAAGAUGUUUCGAAUCAUCCAAAUCUAUUACCCAUUAUGGAAUCAGUUGCUAAAGAAUGUGGUGGUUUGCCCUUGGCUAUUGUUACAAUAGCAAGCAGUAUGAAGGGUGUACGUGAUGUUCAUGCGUGGAGGGAUGCACUCCAUGAAUUAAAAAGAAAUGGAGAAACUGUGAAAAAGAUGGAAGAGAAGGUAUUUCAGCAACUUCAGUUCAGCUAUGAUCGUUUACGGGAUGAAGAGCUGAAAAAUUGCUUCCUCUGCUGUGCCUUAUUUCCUGAAGAUUGGGAAAUUGAGACAGAUGAGCUUAUCCAUCUUUGGAUUGUGGAAGGGCAUAUAAAAGAAAUGGAUAGCAUGCAACAAGAGAUUGACAAGGGGCGUACCAUACUGGAUGAACUCAAAAGCAGUUGUUUGAUAGAAAAUGGUUAUAAAGGUGGAGGUCGAGUGAAGCUGCAUGAUGUUUUAAGGGACAUGGCAUUGCGCAUCACAAGUGUAAGACCACGAUUCUUGGUGAAAGCUGGCAUGGAAUUGAACAGGCUACCUGAUGUGGGAGAUUGGAAUGAAGAUUUGGAGAAGGCUUCGUUGAUGUGGAAUGGGCAAUUACAAAUUCCAUCCCGAAUGCCACCCCCAAAAUGCCCAAAGCUUACAACAUUAUUGUUGUCUGGAUGCAAUUUAGAGAGUAUUCCAGAGUGUUUCUUUGAGCAAAUGCAUGGACUCAAGAUUCUUGAUCUUUCUUGGAAUUCUAUUAAGAGUUUACCAAAUUCCAUCUGUAAUUUGGAAACUCUUACUACAUUAUUGCUUGGUUGGUGUGAGCAAUUAGAGAAGGUGCCAUCUUUUUCCAAACUUCAAGCUUUAAAAAAGUUAGACCUUAGUAGAACAACUAUCAAGCAUAUACCUCAUGGGAUGGAAAGGUUGGUAAAUCUCAAAUAUCUUGAUUUGAGUAACACGCAAAUAACAGAGGUGCCAUCUUUUUCCAAACUUCAAGCUUUAAAAAAGUUAGACCUUAGAAGAACAACUAUCAAGCAUAUACCUCAUGGGAUGGAAAGGUUGGUAAAUCUCAAAUAUCUUGAUUUGAGUAACACGCAAAUAACAGAGAUGGCCGAUGGAAUAUUGGCAAAAUUGACAUCCCUUCAGCACUUAGCUGCAUAUGAAGCUGAUUCUGGUCAUAAAUUUUUCGUGAGAGGAGAGGAAAUAGGUGGAUUGAGGAAGUUGGAAUUAUUUGAAGGGUGUUUACUUGACUGGAAUGAGUGGAACAGUUGUGCCCAAGGUUUGCAUGCUCGAGCAAUAUGGCCUCAUCAAUACAUCAUUUAUGUGGGUCAUCAAUUCAAAUGGAAUGACUAUUUCGGGGAUUCGAAAAAAGUAAUUGAAUUUCGUGGUUGUGACAUGAUCUGUACAAUUGGUAUUAAGAUCCUAUCUGAUGUUGAGGUUUUGAAUAUUAGGGAAUGCUCUGUGGAUUUGUGUGAAGAAGAGUCAUUAUUCUCAUGGUUUAUCCCAAUGCCACAUAACAAUUUUUCCUCUCUUUCUCGGAUUGAUAUACAUGGUUGUGAAAAUAUAAAGAAGUUGUUCUCGUCCAAUUGGGUGCUGCAUAACCUCCAAAAUUUGAAUACUUUAGGUGUUGGUCUAUGUUGGGAUAUGGAAGAAAUAAUAGCAUCAGAAUCAGAAGUGGAGGGAGCAGGAAAUGGCGUUGCCAUCAAACUUACAUUUCCAAGAUUAAAGAAAUUGGAAUUGUGGGAUCUACCAAAAUUGAAGAGCAUUUGUGGUGCAAAUGGAGUAAUGGUUUGUGAUUCUAUUGAGCUGAUUGAAAUAAGUGAUUGUCCAGAAUUAAAGAGGAUACCUCUGCAUCUUCCCUUGCAAGAUGAUGGCCAACCAUCUCCUCCUUCCUCUCUUAGAAGAAUUCAAGCAAAUACAAAGUGGUGGGAAUCGGUGGAGUGGGACCAUCCACAUGCCAAGUCUCUGUUGGAGCCCUACUUUCACAAGUUGGAACUGAUAGUUGCCUGUUCGUAGAAAUGCCUGACCACUACAGCAGUCUAUGUUUCUUUGAUCAAAUGCCUUAUCAUAACGUUUUCUUAGAGAUCUUUCCAGCACACCGAGGAUUAUUUGUCAUGAUUAUUUCGCAGCAGUAGCAACAGCAACAGCUCACACACUUUGAUGUUUGGAACUCUCUUGAUGCAUGUUCUUUUCAAGUCUGAUAUGUUUCUGCUUUCUCGUUGAUGUUUACAAGAUACAUUACCUACUCGAGGAUUAGAAAUGGCGAUUGCUCACUGUAAGAUUGAAGUAGAAUAGUAAAUUUCACUCCUUUGCUGAACACCAAAGUUCCUCUCAAUUCGCUUAAAUCAUCUUCACCAACUUCAGAAUUACCUCUGUUUUCUAGUGUAAUAUUUGUUGGCUAUGUACUUUGUUUCAUGUCUGUUACAAAAACAUGUCAUGACUUUCUCUUAUUAAUCAUCGAAAACUAAAUGCUCUGGAUUUGAUUGUUGGCCAGAUUCUGUUACCCCUAAUUCUGCUGCAAAGCUGUUGGUUAUGUUUCCUUUGCAGUAUAGAUAUUUCAUUUCAAAAUUAAUUGCUGAAGUUGGAAAGAACCUUAUGAAAGAAAUUUGUGCAUAUUUGAUGGAUGAUGGUAUUCGGGGAUUGGGAGGAGUAGGUAAAACAUUAUUACUAGAUGACGCUGGGAAACGAGUUCUAUUGAACUGCAUCAAUAUGGAUUGGAUCAGUAAUCACAAUGAGAAAAAUUGAUUGAUUGACCUUCAGUUUAUUUCCUAUAAAGAUUUUUGUACUUUUAAGUCUACAGAAGCUCACGAAUUGGCCUCCACUAAAACAAAAUAGCUGCAUGAAGAUUCUUUUUCCACUGGCACCCACCAUGAACGUGGCACCAAGACCAUAAUAAUUGACUCUUAUUUCUCUUGUUUUUUUCCCUUGCAUUUUCCUUGGCACUUGCUUUUCUUCUUCCUAAAUCCCACCCUCGUCAUUUUUUUCUUUGAGUGAAUAUCACAUGAAUCUUCAACUGCUUUUUUAUAAGUAAUAUCACUUGUUUCUUUUUCACCGUCUUUGAAAGUGGAGCAAUGUGUCACUUUCUUUUCCUUUUUUAUAUCCCACUUGUUUUUAAAUUACUAGGAUGAUUAAACUGGAACAAGCUGUCCCACUUGUUAUUAAAUCCAAUAAGCAAAAUGGGAUAAAGACAAGUCAAUAAAUCUACACAUAAUUUCAGAGCGGGUUCCUCAUAGAGAUAAGAAAUAAACAUAUUAACAAUGAGGAAGAACAAAAUGAUCGUUACAAAACUUUCAACGUAGCAAGUUCCAGUAAC